AUGGAAUCAACACAGCAAUCACCAGGAGCAUCCAACCAAGCAUCGAACACUAACACGAUGUUUAUGCAGAUCCUGAUUCAACAGCAAACGUUAAUGACGAAACUCAACGAUCAGAUGUCAGCGACCCAGCUGGCCCUCAAAGAGUUAUCGAGAGAUGAAAUCGCGCUAGAUUCGCUCUCCAGUAACAUCAUCGAGUUCGUCUAUGAUCCGGAACAUGGGUGCACCUUCGAUACGUGGUACUCGCGAUAUACCGAUUUAUUCGACAAAGACGCAGCGCCAAAGGACUUCACGUUCCAGCAAACCAUCGAGAAGUUUAAAACUAUCUUCGGGGCGACGACCUCCAUCUUCCACCGACGCUACCAGUGUCUGCAAACUUCCAAGGACGAUUCUGACGAUUUUGUUUCGUACUCCUGCAAAGUGAACAAAGCGUGUUGGAACUUCAAGCUGGAUGAUUUGACGGAAGAGCAGUUCAAAACGCUCAUCUUUGUGUGUGGACUGAAAUCACCGAAAGAUUCCGACAUCCGCAUGCGUCUGAUCACCAAGCUGAAUGACAUGGCGAACAUAACCUCGGAAAAAGUCGUCGAAGAGUGUCAGAGCAUGGUUAACCUCAAAAAAGACACCAGCCUCGUGGAAAAACUUUCUGCGUCGGUAGCAGUACAUGCGGUUCAUCAGCAGGGUAGCUCGAGGUUCAAACGGAAGCAGCAAAAACCCAAGCACGAGUUCAAACAGCAGACGUUCGGUAGUGGAUUUAGCAACGAGCAGCCUAAAACACCAUGUUGGUCAUGCGGGGGCAUGCAUUUCUCGAAGGAUUGUCAGUUUCGGGAACAUCAGUGCCUCAACGUCAAGAAGAAUGUAGGAGCGACCAAGAAGGAAGUGAAUAUCGUUUCCGUCAAAAAUAUCAGCCAGGGGAGGAAGUUUGCCGAGGUCCGGAAUCAUGUUCCGACACGACUACAGAUCGACUCAGCGUCGGAUAUUACUAUCAUAUCCGAGCAACUUUGGAAGCAGAUUGGUCAGCCUUCGGGAGUGCAACCCUCUUGCAGAGCUAAAACCGCUUCUGGAGAACCCCUGGACCUUAUAUUGGAGUUCUGGUGUGACGCGGAAAUUGGCGGCAUUUCGAAACGAGGUUUGUGCCGUGUAGUACCCGCUAAUCUGAGUCUGAAUAUUUUGGGUGCAGACUGGAUCGAAUUGUUUGGGCUGUGGGACAUCCCGUUCAGCUCCUUCUGCCGCAAAGUCUGCGGUUCAUCAUCAAAUGGCGUUCAGGCGCUACAGUUCCCCAAGGUGUUCACCAGCAACUUGGGUCUAUGCAUCAAAACAAGAGUUCGGCUCACACUGAAAGGGGACCCAAAACCAAUUUUCCGUCCUAAACGUCCCGUGGCAUACAGUAUACAGAAUGCUGUGGAAGACGAAAUUCAGCGUCUACAUAACCUGGGCAUCCUCGUUCCUGUCGACCAUUCUGACUGGGCAACACCAAUCGUGGUUGUGCGCAAACCAAAUAGCACCGUCCGCAUUUGUGCUGACUUCUCCACCGGGCUCAACAACGCUUUAGAGCCGAACCAGUAUCCAUUACCACUACCUGAGGACAUUUUCACGAAAAUGGCAGGCUGCAGGUGGUAUAGCCACAUUGAUUUGUCGGACGCAUACCUCCAGGUGGAAGUCGAUCCCAGAGACCAGCAUUUACUCACCAUCAACAUGCAUAAGGGAUUGUUUCGCUACACCCGUAUCACCCCGGGCAUCAAGUCAGCGCCGGGGGCAUUUAAACAGUUGGUGGACACAAUGAUUGGUGGUCUCGCUGGCACGUGUGGUUAUUUAGAUGACAUUUUGGUCGGUGGUCGCACUGAAGAGGAACACGACAACAACCUAAAACAAGUGCUCCGCCGUCUUGAAGAGUACGGGUUUACCGUCAGGAUAGAAAAAUGCAGUUUUCGGAUGCCUGAAGUGAAGUACCUCGGACAGAUUUUGGAUGGGAAUGGAAUCAAGCCGGAUCCCAACAAGACAUCGGCUAUCGCAACCAUGCCAGCUCCUCACGACAUCCCUUCGUUACGUUCGUAUCUUGGUGGCGUUAAUUAUUACGGAAAGUAUGUUCCGGAGAUGCGCAAACUACGGUACCCGAUGGACCAACUACUGAAAGCUGGCGUGAAAUGGGAAUGGUCAGAUGCAUGUCAGCGCUCGUUCGAUCGAUUCCGUGACAUUCUGCAGUCUCCGCUAGCACUUGCCCACUACAAUCCAAAAUUGGGUCUUAUAGUUUCGGCAGACGCUUCACAGCACGGUAUUGGCGCUCGCAUUGCUCAUCAGUUCCCGGACGGAACAGUUAAAGCGAUUUCCUAUGCUUCUCGCAGUCUCACACCAGCAGAGUCCAACUAUAGCCAAAUCGAGAAGGAGGGUCUGGCACUCAUCUUCGCCGUAACUCGUUUUCAUCGGAUGAUUUUUGGUAGAAAAUUCACACUUGAAACCGAUCAUAAACCGUUAUUGGCCAUCUUUGGCAGCAGAAAAGGAAUCCCGGUGUACACCGCGAACAGACUACAGCGUUGGGCACUUACACUGUUGCUGUAUGAUUUCAAUAUCCAGUACGUCAAAACGGAGAGUCUCGGGUACGCAGAUAUUCUAUCUAAGCUGAUCAACACCCAUGUUCGGCCGAAUGAAGAAUACGUCAUUGCAUCGAUUGAGUUGGAGGACUGCAUGCAGAACAUAAUCUAG